AUGGACCGCCACGGCUCACCUGCGCUGGGCCCCCAGAAUGCCUCCGCGCGCGUUUCCAAAGGUAGCGAGAGUGCGGCAGAGAGGCUCGCCGCCCUGAAGGCCCGAGUCGCCGCAGCCAUCAAUACAAGUUCGACCAGAGGCCCAGCCGGCGCUGUCCCAGGUCCUGGUCUUGCUCCGAAUCCACCCCCAGGUACGGGUCCGGCACAAGUUCCAGCCAAGGCUACCUCUGGUCUCAAUGUCCCACUCCACCCAGCCCUCCUUGGCGACAUUGGCGGUUCAUCUAGGUCAAACAACAGGUCAAGCCAUUCGCAACAGCACAGGUCAUCGCAGAACCGAAAUGAUGGCGCCAAGCCAUCUACACAGCCGAAACGAAAGCAGCUCGACCUCUCUGGCCCGCCCCCCGAGGAUGUCAAGGCAAACCCCUACUAUGAUCCCACUAUCCAAGGUCCAGCCCCCCGACAACCAAGACAGCUGCAGUUCAAUGAUCCCGGCAAAUACAUAGCGCAGGCCAACGCCAUCCGUCGACAGGAGAAACUCGAAGAGCUGAAGAAGAAGAUUGCUGCGAGUACACAGAAGGCUGCCGACGAAGAUGCCGAUGUGCAGAAGAAUUUUAUGGUGGAUGCCCCGCCCGAGGUUGAGUGGUACGACGAGGGUUUUGUCAAGGACAACAAUUACGAUUUGAUCAACAUGGAUGAGAUACACGCUCUCAUUCAACAUCCCGUCCCGAUUGACCCGGACAGCGCAAAACAACUGAGCGUAAAACCCAUGUAUUUGACUGCCAAGGAGCAGAAGCGUGUGCGACGCUUGCGCCGUGCGGCAGUCAUGGCUGAGGAACGUGCCAAACAGCGGCUCGGCCUACUUCCUCCCCAGCCAAACAAGGUCACGCUGAACAACAUGUUCAAAGUCCUUGGCGACGAGGCGAUUCUGGACCCUUCUGCAGCUGAAAAUCGCGUGAGGCGCGAAAUCAACGAAAGAAGAGACAAACACCUUCAGGAGAACGAGGAAAGAAAACUCAGCAAAGAAGAAAAGGUCGAGAAACUUGCCCGAAAUCAGGAGAAAGAUGUUGCCCGCGAGGUGCAUUUACUCGUAUACAAGAUCAAUAAUCUGUCCAAUGGAAGCAUACGCUGGAAACUUUCCAAGAACGCGGAGCAGUUGGGCUGUACGGGAGCUCUCAUAUUAUGUCCCAAGUUUUGUCUAUGCAUCUGCGAGGCAGGCCCAUAUGGAGCAAGAAAAUAUCGUAAGCUUGUAGAGGAUCGUAUCGACUUUACCCAAAACGCGCCAGACAAACACAAAGAAACAACCCACGAACUCAAGGAGUGGCUAAAGGCUACAGAUGCUGAGGGCAAUCUGAAAGAUCUAUCGGCCAACGAGGCGAGGCUUGUCUUCGCUGGAGAAGUCAAGGCCCAAGCUUUCUCGAAAUUCUCAAGCAGGGUGUGUGAGACGGAGCAGGACGCACGAAGUUUCUUGGCGAGGGUCAAGAUGGAGAAUUUUUGGAAUCUGGCCAAGAGUAUGGCCUAA